CAAAUAGAAAUUAUAUAGAAUUAUUUAAUAAUUUGUAUUCCACUGGAAUAAAAAUUUAAUUUCUGUCUUUAUCAAAUCUCUAUUUCAGAGUAUUUGUACGUAUGUACUUAUCGUCUGCUGUAUGAUCGAAUAUCGAAUAGGCGCUUGGCCAUGGAUCGCUGCAUUAGGUUUUCGUAAUCCCCGAAACCCAGACAAACCACUAUGGAAGUGCGGAGGUUCCCUGAUAUCGGCUAGGCAUGUUUUGACCGCAGCACAUUGUGCACAUAUGGAUGGAAUAGAAAACAUACACAAUCAUAAUAUUGUCAUUCUUAGAUUGGUGGAGGAGGUGCCAUUUUCGAGGUACGUAUAUCCCAUUUGUACGAAAGAGCCCCUACGAAAGAGCAACUUCGUCGGCUAUAACCCCCUUGUUGCUGGAUGGGGAGCAUUAAGAUAUAGACGACCACGACGUAAUGCAUUAAUGGAAGUACAAAUGCCAGUGAUUAAGAACGCCGAAUGCAAAAUAGCUUAUUCCAAAUUUCCUAAUGCACCUGAUAUCACUGAUGGUAUAAUAUGCGCCGAACAUGCUCAGGGUGGAGAGGAUUCUUGUACGGCUGACCGCGGCGGACCACUGCUGAUACAACAUGAAUUAACCUCGUAUUUAAUAGGUAUUGUGUCUUAUGCUUAUAAGUGCGGCACAGCUGGGUAUCCCAGCGUUUACACUAGGGUCACAUCGUACCUUGACUUCAUUCUCCAAGCGAUGCAAUAAUAUGAUAUUACUGUUCCAUAAAUAUCAUUGUGUAAAAAACGUAAAGUUGGAUUUUCUUAUUGUGGAGAUAAGAAACAGCUCAAAUUUACAUUGUUUUGUACGUUACAAAUUAUAGGCUUAAAAUGUACGAAAUGUAACUUUGAAACGACACUAAUUUUUUACGCACGAUAAACCUCCACGACUUAGGUAUGUAAAGAUGAUAAACGUGUAUUAAUUCUAUUAAUUUGGUAAUAAUAAACCAACUUUCUGAGAAGUUCUGUAAAUUUCGUUUCUGUUGUAUCAAGAGAAUAAUGGAAUAUUCCACUUAGAUCGUAUACUUCUUGUACGUACGUACAAAAUUUUCCGGCUAAUCUAAAACACUUCAUAAGAUAGAGAGCUUCUGGAAAUUCGGACACAGAGAGUGCAUAAAAUACAAGAUAAGUCUCGUGUCUUUCAAAAUUAUUUUUUAUUCGCUAAAAACGUCCUGUGUACUCAUGCAAUCACAUGCAACCUCGAAACUUCACUUAUUUUUUAUCACUUUCCAAUUCAAUACACAGUUUCUGCAUUUUUGACUAUAUGUAAGAGAAAUUUCCAUUCAGCCAAAGGUGUACUUACAGAUUAUAGAUUCCUAUACGACUCUCAGUAAAAAUUUAUCCGCACUCCAGAUAGUUAAAA